AAAACACACAAAAGCUAUUAACUCCAGCUCAACAUAUAAUGGAAUUUACAUGCAGAAGCAAAUACUCAUUUAUCACAUAACGCGCAAUCCUAUUAGGGAAAAAACCGGAAAUCAUCCCUAAUACCUAUUGAUUGGUAGGGCAAGGAUAAAUAAAGAGUGAUCCUGUUGUCGCACUGCAUCAGGUCAAGGUGAUAUCUGAAAUUGGGAACAAAAGGGCUAAAUGCCCCAAGAAACGAGCUCGGAAAGCCAGAAAGACCGGCGGCCUUCCCUAAGUAACACCGCACAUAGCAAACCCUCAAGCCUCAAAUUGAUGACAUCCCACUUCGGGUCGACUGCUUAUUUGCUGAGGGAAAUAAAUAUCGCAUUAAUGAGCAACAGGCUUUCAGGCGUUUUCUCAACGGCCUUUGGGCUCUAAAUCUGGAUUCACAUCGUCUGAUCCACAAGGCUGGAAAAGCCAGCAUCAAUGAAACUCCCAUCUCCCACAUUGGCCCUAGAGAGCCGCAUGCGCCCCCUUAUUGAUAUCGAACGAAGGGUUUUGCGUGGGAACUUAGAAUGGCCGAUAUCCGCCGUCAAAUGAGCGUCGCGAGCGUCCAGUCUAAACGUCCAUGUGGUCUUGAGCGGUUCUGACCCGAAAAAUGGCUCGCUUUGUGGGUGUUUAUUUCCAGUUUUUCGCCCUAUGCAUUUCACUAUCAAGCCUGGUAGAUUCGAUCGACCUUGCCAACAAAGGAACCACAAGACCUCGACUGAAAGCCACAGUGGCCCCGCAAGUAAGCGCCCUCAAUGUGACGACGAAAUCGCCGAAAGAAGACAGUGGAGUGGCCAUAUACAGAGUGAUCAAUCGGAAAACUGACACCACCUGCAUUCUGUUGAAGACUGAUGCCGUCGUGGAGGUGAAAUUCAAGCUGCAUGGCAUAGAAACGCAAGCAGAUUCGUUCAUUCCAGAAGACGCCAUGGUGGUAGGGGAGUGCGAUCAAGAAGAAUCAGUCGUCAUGACCAUUGUCUGGCCUGGCUACAGUAUUACAAUGGCUUUUGCCAAGACCCCCGGGGGCGAGGUUUGGUUCUUGAAGAACGUGGCCUUGACUGCCAGUGUCGACAUUCCUCAGUUCCAUGGAAUAAAAACGCGAGAUAAAACCUUGCGAUUGUACAACGAAAGCACGCUUGUGCCUACGCCGGUAGGCAAAUCGUAUCUUUGCGAAGAAGUGGACAUUAAUUUGAAAACCGACCCGGCUGAUCAUCCUCCGAAGGAUGUCUAUGGAACCCUGUUACUUAGAAUGCUUCAAGUGCAAGCCUUCAUGUACAAGAGCGAAAACUUCUCCACAUCCUUUCAGUGCAAAAACGUUCGAGGAUUCAGAAGUGAAACUACCCCUAUCGCUGUGGGUUCCACCCUGGCAAUAGUAGCCUUGGCUAUAAUAGCGGGAUAUGGCGCUUUUCGGUACUUCAAAGUGAAGAACGUCCAAUACAACACCAUGGAAUAGGGGAUGGGUUCCAAUAGGUUCCGCAUAGCAAUACCAUUAGUAGCAAUAGUAAGAUACUUCAAUUGCUGAUUUUUCAAACUCCGCCGACCAAUCGAUUUCUUCGCUACUUUUUCUCUUCCACUGAAUCCAACUUUUAUUGAAACAUAUUUUUUGCAGAACGAAUGGUUGCUAUUUUUUUAACAAAAAAGUAUUUUAGCGAAUAAGUAAAAAAGCGUUAAUGACGAGUUAAUGAGUAUUUGUGACUAUGAAGUAAUAUUCUAUAAUAGGUUAGAAAAAGUUUUAACUUUUCAACUCUCUUGUGAGAUAAAUGCAACUUUAAAUCUUUUUUGAUUUUAUCAAUUUGCCUUUUCAGGGCGCAAUUUUAUUCACAUUGCAUAAGGGCACUUUACAAUAAAUUUCGCACUUUCUAGUGUUAUUUUAAGCUACACAAGCUCGAGCUAACGAGGUUGAAAUCUGGUUAUACCGGAAGAAUCAUUUAUGCGGAUUGAGGAUGGAGUGAAGUGAACACUUCUUGUAAAUCUGUAGGUACUUGGCUGUAAUUGUGUCAAUGAAUACCUAUAUAUUAUAAUUAAUUAACUCAGUUAUUUGUAUUGGAAACAACUAAGUAUAAAUAUGACAUUUAUGUGAUAUUCCCAUUCAGUUUUCAUGGGCAAUGAAUGGUAUUAACGAGCACGCGUUUUCUUACUUACAUUUAUAUAUAAAGUGCUUCGACGUUGUGAUUAUAGGGGAAGCUCGAUGAAAUUGCAACAUUUUUGUCAUACGCCAUGGUCUGUCUUCCAUAAAAGUUAAUUACGUAGUCUAGUUACGGGAGUAUUUAACACUAAUUUUAAUGAAUAAUAAACAACGUUAUGUAUUAGAAAUUAAUUACACCACAUACCUAGAACAUUAGUUUUGUUCGAUCCUUAUUAUACAAUAUAAUACGGUACAUAUCGAAUGUAUAAGUACAUAGGGGGUAAAAGUCUUUAAGAAA